AUGAAUAUUUCAGACGAAUCUAAUACACAACAAUUAACUUUAAAAUAUCAUAAUGAGACCGGUGAUUGUUUAUGUAUAUAUGAUAGAAACAUAAAUAAUCCACAAAUUUACACCCGCAUACCACUGCGUUGGGACUUCUAUCAAUGGCAUGAUUUAGAUCUACGCUGUCUUCGUCUAUUUAUAAACCUAUUCUCUGAAGAAUCAGUUGAUGAAUCUUUAGAGAAUGUUUCGGUACCAUCGAUUGAUGCAGAUCCAAAUCAGGCAUCUUGUAUGUCUUCAGUACCAAUUGUAGCACAACCCAUUGAUUCUCUUCUCCUUAUAUUCAUCCGCUAUCUCCAAUUAAUCAAUCUUAUUCCAUGGUCAUCGCCAACAUCGAUUAGCGAUCAGCUCCAUGAAAUACCUACGAAACACGAAAUAGAUGGUCCAAUUCAAAUUACUUCUCCAACUAAAAGAUCUAAAAAGACACAUCCAAAGCAAUCUACUAAACCGGGUUUAUGUGGUUUAGCUAAUAUCGGUAAUACAUGUUUUAUGAAUAGUGCUAUUCAAUGUUUGAGCAAUAUACCUAAACUAACGGAAUGGGCUCAAAAGCAACAAUUAUCAAAUCAUAAAAAAGCCGUUACUCUAGCUUACACUUCAUUGAUUAAAUCAAUGUGGUCAGGUGAAAACUCAAGUGUCACUCCGCACGAAAUAAAAAAACGUGUUAGUCAACAUGCUCCAAUUUUUUCGGAUUAUGCUCAAAAAGAUUCUCAUGAAUUCAUGAAUUCUCUUCUCAAUGCAAUUCAUUCUGAAUUCGUAGAAGAUGAUUCGUCACACGCACAAUCGUCUAUUGUUACCGAUCUUUUUCGUAUUCAAACAGAAUCCAGAGUAAUCUGUUCACAUUGUAAUAUGCAUGAUUCAGUCGAAGAGACAACUUAUUGUCUACCGUUGCCGCUUGGAUGCGAAUCAACGGUAACUCUAGAAACGGUGUUAGAUGAAUUUUUAAAAGAGGAAUCACUUGAUGGAGAAUAUUAUUGCUCACAUUGUCAAGAACUUCGUUUAGCUAAACAGAAGACAAGUUUAUGUCAGCCACUGCCAUCAGUAAUCAUAGUUCAACUUAAACGAUUUACUUUUGACGAUACCGAUGAUAAAUUAAAUACGUUCGUAAAAUAUCCCAUUCAAAAUUGGAAAGUCGACGGUAGCAGUAAUUCAUUGUAUGAUCUUGCUGCCGUUUCUAUGCAUGUUGGAAAUUUAAAAGGAGGACAUUAUACAACGUUUGCUCGUUUGAACGGCUCAGGUCAAUGGUAUCAUUUCAAUGAUUCUAAUAUUCAACCUCUGAAUGAUACCAGUUGUCUUGUAAAUCGAAACGCUUAUGUUUUAGUGUAUUUAAGACAAGAUUACAUUUAA